AUCGGUACUUCGAGUCAACCGAUGUACCCGUUACUUGGUAACGAAUACAUGCGGUUUGCUCCAGCUCAAGGAGUCUGUCUUGUAUUACUUGGUGAUAUUCUUUUAGUUAAAAUUCUCGGUGAGCUAUACUGAAGCUGUGCUAAAAUCAUUUAGGUAGAUUCUUAGAGCCAGUAAUUGUGCCUGCCUUGGAUUAGUCCAUACAAUAUAGAGUUAAAUUUAUGUCAUGGAUGAAAUAAAUAAAAGACUAGAAGAAUGGAAGUUUAUCGUAGAUAGGUCUACUCUAGCCCAGUUAGUUGCUGUAGAAGAAGAAAGCGAACAGUUGGAAUCUGAAGAAAAACCUAAACCUGGAGAAAAGUCUGAACCUGAAAAAAAACCUGAAUCUGGGAAAAAAACUGAACUAAAAAAAAAACUUGGGCAGAAACUUGAAGCUGGAAAAAUGCCUGAACCUGGAAAAAAAGUUGAAGCCGGAAAAAAAACUGAACUUAAAAGAAAGCCUGGGCUGAAACUUGAAGCUGGAAAAAAGCCUGAACCUGGAAAAAAAGUUGAAGCCGGGAAAAAGACUGAACUUAAAAGUAAGCCUGGGCUGAAACUUGAAGCUGGACAAAAGCCUGAAGCUGGAAAAAAGCCUGAACCUGGGAAAAAAGUUGAAGCUGGAAAAAAGCCUGAACCUGGAAAAAAAGUUGAAGCUGGAAAAAAGCCUGAACCUGGAAAAAAAGUUGAAGCCGGGAAAAUACCUGAAUUUAAAAGAAAGCCUGGGCAGAAAUAUGAAGCUGGAAAAAAGCCUGAACCUGGGAAAAAAGUUGAAGCCGGAAAAAAACCUGAACCUGGAAAAAAGCCUGAACAUGAAAAAAAGCUUUGGAAGAAACCUGAACCAGAAAAAAAGUCUGGAAAAAAAACCGGAAAGAAACCUGAACCUGAAAAAAAAUCUGGAAAAAGGCCUGAACCUGAAAAAAAGUCUGGGAAAAAAGUUGAAGCUGAAAAAAAAACUGCUAAGAAGGCCAAACCUGAAAAAAUAUCUGAAGGAUCUAGUUCAGAAGAAACUUCCUCAGAAGAAUCUUCCUUAGACGUUGAAGAUAAAAUUGAAGAUGAAGAUGAAUAUAAAAUUAUUAUAGAUGAAGAAGAGGAAAAUGAGAAGGAAUAUGGAUAUGAAGUAUACCCUUUUAUAGAAGGUUUUAUAGAAGAUGGUGAAUUUACUGCAGAAACUUUUGCAGAAGAUGAAUCUGUCAAAGAAAAAAAAGAAGAGGAGGAAGAGGAAAAAAUAUAUAUUCCAAGAUUUACACGAAAUAUUAUUAUGAUUCGCCAUGGCCAUUAUAAUAAUAAUGCCACUUCAGAAAGUGAGAUAGUUUUAACUGCUUUAGGAGAAGAGCAGGUUAUUCUGACAGGUCAUUAUUUGAAGAAACUACUAUCUGGUGAUGGUUUCAGCAUACAUAGGCUUCCUACGGUUCUACAGGAUGAACUAGUUAAGAAAGGAGUAGUUCGGUAUGAACGUAUGAAGAGGGAUGUAGAAGAUGAAGAGCAUGAAGAAGAUGAAGAGGAUGAAGAAGAUAUAGACGAAGAAAAUAAUACAGAAAGAGCAGAAGAUACGGAUGGAGAAGAUGAUGCAGAAAAGGCUUCAGAAGAUGCAAAAAAAGCUUCAGAAGUUAUGAAAAAGGCUUCAGAAGAUAUAAAAAAAGUUUCAGUAGGUACAGGAAAGGCUUCAGAUGGUACAGGAAAGGCUUCAGAUGGUACAAAAAAGGCUUCAGAAGAUAUGGAAAAAGUUUCAGAUGACCCAAAAACAUCGUCAGAGGGUAUGAAAGAUGUGCAAAGGGCUUCAGAAGAUACAAAAGACAAGAAAAGGCCUUCAAAAAGUACAAAACAUGUGAAAAAGGCUUAUGGAGAUGUGCAGAGGGCUUCAGAAGAUACAAAAGACAAGAAAAGGGCUUCAGAAAGUAUAAAACAUGUGAAAAAUCCUUAUAAUCCUUAUGAAGAUUUGAAAAGGGCUUCAGAAUGGGCUUCAGAAUAUACAGACAAUGUGACAAAAACUUCAGAAGAUGUGAAAAGGGCUCCAAAAGUUAUGAAAAGUGUUCCAGAGGGUAUUAAGAAAAAGGUAAAGCCUUCAGAGUGUGUGAGAAAUAUGGAAAGGCAUUUAGAGGACAUGACAAGGUUUUUAAAGGACAUGGAAAGGGAUAUGGAAGACAUACUAGCUUCAAAAAAGGCUCCAGAAGAAAUAAAAAAGGUUCCAGAAUAUAUAAAAAGGGCUGUACUGGGUACAGGAAAGGCUUCAGAAUGUACAGAAAAGGCUUCAGAAGAUGAGAAAAGGGCUUUCGAAGAUGCAGCAGAUAUGUUAAAGGCUUCAGUAGGUGCAAGAAAGGCUUCAGAAGAUAAGAAAACGGUUUUUGAGGAUGCCACAGCUAUGAAAAAGGCUCCAGAAGGUUUGAAAAAAGUUUCAGAUGAUAUAAAAGCAUCUUCGGAGGGUGUGAAAAGUGCUUCAGAAGAUGCAAAAGACAAGAAAAUGGCUUCAGAAGCUACAAAGGAUAAGGAAAUGGCUUCGGAAGCUACAAAAGACGAGGAAAUAGCUUCAGAAGAUACAGAAGAUAAAAAAAAAAUUUUAGAUCUCCAGAGCUUAAAAAAUUUUUUAUCUCCAGAAGAUGAAGAAAACGAGUUUAUGAAAGUUAGGGUAGAGAAUUGGGAAAGAAUUUUAAAGGACAUAGAAAAGAAUUCGGAAGAUAUGGAAGGUGCUUCUGAAGAUACAAAAAAAGAUUUUGAAGAUAUGAAAAGUGUUUCUGAAGAUACAAAAAAAGAUUCGGAAGAUACGAAAGCUAUGAAAAAGGCUGCAGAAGAUACAGAAAAAAUGAGAAGUGCAAGAAAAGAUUCAGAAGAUACAAAAGAUAUGAAAAGUGCUUCUGAAGAUACAAAAAAAGAUUCAAAAGAUACAAAAGCUAUGAAAAAGGCUGGAGAAGAUACAAAAGAAAUGAAAAGUGCUUCAGAAGAUACGCAGGAGUCAGAAGAUGCAAAAAAAGCUUCAGAAGAUACAAAACAAGUAGAAACAGUAGAACAGCAGGAGUCAGAAGAUGAGAAAAAAGCUUCAGAAGAUACAAAACAAGUAGAAACAGUAGAACAGCAAGAGUCGGAAGAUGCGAAAAAAGCUUCAGAAGAUACAAAACAAGUAGAAACAGAACAGCAGGAGUCAGAAGAUGCGAAAAAAGCUUCAGAAGAUACAGAACAAGUAGAAACAGUAGAACAGCAGUCAGAAGAUGCGAAAAAAGCUUCAGAAGCUACAAAACAAGUAGAAACAGUAAAACAGCGUAUAGAGGACUGGGAAAGAGUACGACUAAGGUAUAUGGAAAAUAGCGUUAGUCGUGAAUUUUGGUAUAAUGAGAUGAAAUAUUUAGAAAAAAGGCUUGAAGUUGCAGAAGAAAAAGUUGAAAGUAUUAAACUUGCAAAAGAAUAUCCGGAUAUAACAGAUAUGAGAAAAGCUUUUGAAGAUUUAAAAAAAAAGUUAGAAAAUGUAAGAGCUAUGAAAAAGGCAGCAGAAGAUGCGAAAAAAGCUUCAGAAGAUACAAAACAAGUAGAAACAGUAGAACAGCAGGAGUCAGAAGAUGCGAAAAAAGCUUCAGAAGAUACAGAACAAGUAGAAACAGUAGAACAGCAGGAGUCAGAAGAUGCGAAAAAAGCUUCAGAAGAUACAGAACAAGUAGAAACAGUAGAACAGCAGGAGUCAGAAGAUGUGAAAAAAGCUUCAGAAGAUACAGAACAAGUAGAAACAGUAGAACAGCAGGAGUCCGAAGAUGCGAAAAAAGCUUCAGAAGAUACAAAACAAGUAGAAACAGUAAAACAUUGGGACUAUUUUGGAAUUGAAGAAACAAAACAGUGUAUAGAGGACUGGAAAAGAGUAAGACUAAGGUAUAUGGAAAAUAGCGUUAGUCGCGAAUUUUGGUAUACUGAGAUGAAAUAUUUGGAAAAAAGGCUUCAAGUUGCGGAAAUAUCUGCAGAAAAUAAAAAAAUAAUUAAAAGAAUGAAACUUGCAAAAAAAGAUUCGGAAGAUACAAAAGAUAUGAAAAGUGCUUUUGAAGAUACAAAAAAAGAUUCAGAAGAUGUAAAAGCUAUGAAAAAGGCAGCAGAAGAUACAGAAGAAAUGAAAAGUGUUUCAGGAGAUACACAGAAGGAUUCAGAAGAUGCGAAAAAACCUUCAGAAGAUACAAAAGAAAUGAAAAGUGCUUCAGAAGAUACUCAGAAGGAUUCAGAAGAAGUGAAAAAGCCUUCAGAAGAUACAGAACAGGUAGAAAUGGUUUCAGAAGGUAUGGAAGAUCUGAGCGAGGAUCUAGAAAAAUUGAAAAUUUUAGAUGACCCUGUAGUCUUCUCAAGAAUCUACCAUUCUACUUCAAAUGUAGCAGUACAGACUGCCAAGCUUUUGAAAUCAACUAUAGAAGAUAUACCUCUUCUUCUCUAUGAAUUGCUUGCUAUACAUAGAGAGCCCAUACCUGAUGAUCUUUCUGAAUUUUUAGAAGAAGGAUUAUUACCCAUACCUCUUGAAGCCUGUGAAUUGUUAAAUGAAGGAGUACCCAUUCUACCAGACCCUCCUUUACCAUCUUUUGAAAUUGAUCCAGAGGUAUGUGCCAUGCAGAAAAAAAAGCUUCGAGAAGCCUUCAAGAAAUUCUUCUAUGGACCUUCCUCAGAAGCUACAUCUAAUAGUUAUGAAAUACUGGUUUCUCAUACUACUGCCAUACGAUACUUCAUCUGCAGGCUACUGAAAAUCAAUCCAGCUGCAUGGGUUAGAUUUUCCCUGCCCCACUGCAGUAUUACCUGGGUGAAAAUUUUUGACAAUGGUGCUGUCAAAAUAAGAUGCAUAGGAGACACUGGCCACCUCCUACCACAUAAAAUUUCUGAAUAAAUGAGCAAUAAGCUAAAAUUUUGUAUUCAAUAAAGCGUUUGCUUAGAUGUUUCAUGAUACAUCACCAGAAUUUUCAUAAUGUAUUUGUAUUGCAAGUUUUGUACUUAUUAAACACCUAUAAACUUA